GUAACUGAAGAAAUACAGGGAAACAGCUCGUUCAAGCCAAUUCGGAGCAUUGUGAAAGAAGGAUCGACGAAGCCACUUGAACAUUUAGCUAGAUUUUCUUUAUUUAUAAAUACUAAUCCCAGUGGACGACCAUGGCCUCGGGAGGAGAGUCGAAAAAUGAUGAUCUUUCUACUGCAAUUCUGAAACAGAAGAACAGGCCCAACAGACUGAUUGUUGAUGAAUCUAUUAAUGAAGAUAAUAGUGUGGUCUCACUCUCUCAGACCAAGAUGGAUGAGCUGCAGCUCUUUCGUGGUGACACAGUACUGAUGAAAGGAAAGAAGAGGCGAGAGACGGUGUGCAUUGUGUUGUCUGAUGACACCUGUUCUGAUGAAAAGGUCCGCAUGAACAGGGUUGUGCGCAACAACUUGAGGGUCCGACUGGGGGAUGUCAUCAGCAUUCAGCCAUGUCCUGAUGUGAAGUAUGGAAAGAGGAUUCAUGUUCUCCCAAUAGAUGACACAGUAGAGGGAAUUACUGGAAACCUUUUUGAGGUCUACCUCAAGCCAUACUUCCUAGAGGCUUACAGGCCCAUCCGCAAGGGUGAUAUCUUUCUGGUCAGGGGAGGCAUGCGUGCUGUGGAGUUCAAGGUGGUAGAGACCGAUCCCUCCCCAUACUGUAUCGUUGCUCCUGAUACGGUCAUCCACUGUGAGGGAGAGCCCAUCAGAAGAGAGGAUGAGGAAGAGUCCCUGAAUGAGGUUGGCUAUGAUGACAUUGGAGGAGUGAGGAAGCAGCUAGCUCAAAUCAAAGAGAUGGUGGAGCUGCCUCUCAGACACCCUGCACUAUUCAAGGCUAUUGGAGUCAAGCCUCCACGUGGUAUCCUGCUGUAUGGACCCCCUGGAACAGGAAAGACUUUGAUUGCUAGAGCUGUGGCCAAUGAAACUGGAGCCUUCUUCUUCCUCAUAAAUGGUCCUGAAAUCAUGAGUAAACUAGCAGGAGAGAGUGAGAGUAACCUCAGGAAGGCCUUUGAGGAAGCUGAGAAGAACGCCCCUGCCAUCAUCUUCAUUGAUGAACUUGAUGCUAUUGCUCCCAAGAGAGAGAAGACUCAUGGAGAGGUGGAGAGGCGCAUUGUGUCUCAGCUCUUGACUCUGAUGGAUGGGUUGAAGCAGAGAGCUCAUGUCAUUGUCAUGGCUGCCACAAACAGACCCAACAGCAUUGACCCGGCUCUGAGGAGAUUUGGGCGUUUCGAUAGGGAAGUGGACAUUGGUAUCCCUGAUGCUACAGGCAGAUUGGAGAUCCUUCAGAUACACACAAAGAACAUGAAACUGGCUGACGACGUUGACCUGGAACAAGUGGCCAAUGAGACUCAUGGGCAUGUUGGUGCAGAUCUGGCUGCUCUGUGCUCUGAGGCCGCCCUGCAGGCCAUUAGAAAGAAGAUGGACCUGAUUGACCUAGAGGAUGAGACCAUUGAUGCUGAAGUCAUGAACUCUCUGGCUGUCACCAUGGAUGACUUCAAGUGGGCCCUGAGUCAGAGUAACCCAUCAGCACUGAGAGAGACAGUCGUGGAGGUUCCCAACAUCACCUGGGAUGACAUUGGAGGUCUGGAUGAUGUCAAGAGGGAGCUGCAGGAGCUUGUGCAGUAUCCUGUGGAGCACCCAGACAAGUUCUUGAAGUUUGGCAUGACCCCAUCCAAAGGUGUGCUCUUCUAUGGCCCUCCUGGAUGUGGUAAGACACUGCUGGCCAAGGCUAUUGCCAAUGAGUGCCAGGCCAACUUUAUUUCCAUCAAGGGACCAGAGCUGCUCACAAUGUGGUUUGGAGAGUCGGAGGCCAAUGUCAGAGAGAUCUUUGACAAGGCUCGUCAGGCAGCCCCAUGUGUCCUGUUCUUUGAUGAGCUGGAUUCCAUAGCCAAGGCCCGGGGUGGCAAUGUGGGAGAUGGUGGUGGAGCAGCUGACCGUGUCAUCAACCAGAUCCUGACUGAGAUGGACGGCAUGUCCAGCAAGAAGAACGUUUUCAUUAUUGGCGCCACCAACAGACCAGACAUCAUCGACCCCGCCAUCUUGAGACCUGGGCGUCUGGACCAGCUCAUCUACAUCCCCUUGCCUGAUGAAAAGAGCAGGAUCAACAUCCUCAAGGCCAAUCUUCGCAAGAGCCCGAUCAGCAAGGAUGUGGACCUAGACUUCUUGGCUAAGAUGACCAAUGGCUUCUCUGGAGCUGAUCUUACAGAGAUCUGCCAACGGGCAUGCAAACUGGCCAUCAGAGAGAGUAUUGAGAAUGAGAUCCGCAGAGAGAAGGAGAGGCAGACCAAUCCAUCAGCUAUGGAGGUGGAAGAGGAUGACCCUGUGCCUGAGAUCAGGAAGGAUCACUUCGAGGAGGCCAUGCGAUUCGCUCGUCGUUCCGUCAGUGACAAUGACAUUCGCAAAUAUGAGAUGUUUGCCCAGACGCUGCAGCAGAGCCGUGGCUUUGGCUGCUUCAGGUUUCCCUCAAGUGCUUCAGGGGGUAGUGGUCCAAGCCAGGGCACAGGUGGUACUGGAAGCGCUCCAGUUUACAAUGAAGAUAACGACGAUGACCUUUAUGCAUAAGCAUAUACUGCCACACAGUGGCCAGUACUGGGAUCACACCUGUACAAAUUCUCACCAGAUUCCACAUUUUUAGGACUUUGUGCUUCUUUAAUGUGUUCCUUUUUUUCCUUUUUUUUUUCUAUGAUUUUCCCUCGGGUGAAGAAAGCAUGUAGCUGCUUGGUUUGCUCCGGCUUAGGUAUGGGUCAGGGGAUGAGAGGAGUUUGGCAACUGAAGGCAUUUGGUAAAUUCAGAUGGGGAAGAGGGAGGGUGUUGAGUGGCCUCAUUCUCAGUAUAUCACAUCGCUACAUGAAUGGCUUUAGUGAUGGGAUUAUAUGCUAGACUAUAAGAAAAAAAAACGUUGCUAAUGACUUCCUCUUUUUUUAAAUGAACAGUAGCAUAUAAUGUAUGACAAGUUUGUCAAGGUUGUUGGAAAAAUAAAAUCUCACAAAAUGGAUUUUUUUUUUU